UGGCAAUGUCCCCUAUUUUUCUUUCCUCUCAUUCUCAUCCCAAACACUCACACAAACACUCAGUCCCUCUCGGCAGUUAAGCAGCUUCAAUCUCCCCACCUACUCUUUCUUCCUCUCAUUUAUUCACUUUCAUUCAUUCCUUCAUUCAAUGCCUGCUCUUCAUUCAUAAAGCUCUCACCUUUGUCUCUACCAAGCCAUUAAAUUCCUCAAAAGUUUUCACCUUUCUGCUCAGAAAUUAAAACCCAUUAGAGAAGAGAUGCCUCUGGUGAGGUUUCAGGUGAGGAACGAGUAUGGUCUGGGUCAGCCUCAGCUGUACAAGGAGGCUGACAGAGAAGAUCCCAAGGCCGUGCUCGACGGUGUUGCCGUCGCCGGCCUCGUCGGGAUCUUGCGCCAAUUGGGGGAUCUCGCCGAAUUUGCAGCAGAGGUUUUUCAUGGCUUGCAAGAGCAAGUAACGACUACAGCUUCUAGAAGCCAUAAGCUGAUGGUUCGCGUUCAACACAUUGAAGCUGCACUUCCUUCCCUUGAGAAGGCUGUACUUGCUCAAACAAGCCACAUACAUUUUGCAUACACAGCUGGUUUAGAGUGGCAUCCACGUAUUCGAAGUGAAAGACAUCAUUUCAUCUACAAUGACUUGCCACGCUUUGUCAUGGAUUCUUAUGAAGAAUGUAGUGAUCCUCCGCGUUUGCACUUGCUUGACAAAUUUGAUACUGGGGGUCCAGGAUCUUGUUUAAAGAGAUAUUCAGAUCCAACAUUUUUCAAAAGAGCAUCAGCUAUCUCUGACGAAGCAAAUGCUGAAAAAAUCCAAAGAGAUAGGAAGGCUCAAAGAAGCAAGAAAAAGAAAGGAUCACAGCAUAAUGGAGAUGUAUCACGUUCUGCAUCGAUAUCCAAUUGCAGUAACAGAAUGGAACCUAUUUCUUCUAAUGUGAAUCGGCAAAGCUCGCCUUCGCAAACUGUCUCCACAACUGACAUGGCGGCGUUAAAGUCUGACCUGGGAAACAAUUCUAAUUCUUUUGGUUCAAGAACUGAGUCAGGAUAUAAUGAGUAUGUUGCCCAUUCAAGUUCCUCCCUGCAAGCCAAACAACAAGAAUACAAGGAUUCCCCUACUUCUGAAUCGGUGCAUCAUGACGAUACUCUUGAAUCUGUUUUGCAUGAUGGUGAAAAUGUGUUUGUAGAUGGUAACUCUCCUGGAAGUUCAUUACAGGACCAAGUUACCUCUGGUUCAUCUUGUGGUAAAUGGGAUGAGAAGGCAGAAAUAGUAGAUCCUACAGGUCAACAGAAGUGUUUAGAUGAAACUACAGCAACGCUCCCUACAAUGGAUGACUUGGAUGCACAUGAAGGGGGAGCUGGUCACAUUAAGAGUAUUCCGCAAAACGAUUUCCUCUUUGAUGGCGAAAAUAUUUUGGAGCCAACCUCGAGCAGGAACCAAAUUGAUGAAAUUGAAAGUGAACCAGAUGAACCAGAUACUUUCAUGGAUGCACUUAACACCAUUGAAUCAGAAUCCGAAAAUGAUCUUGAUUGUCAAACAAAACGAGAAGUGAAACAUGUCCCUACUUUUGUCAACAAGAAAGGACUGGAUGCAGUGCAUGAUAUUACCAUGGAUUGUUUGAAUCCUCAAACUCCAAGGUUUGAAACUCAUGCUGCAACAUCUCACAGUUCCCCGGAAAGAGAAACGCAGGUGGAUCUACCAAACUCAGCGUCAUUAGAGAGCCCUGUCCCUGAGCAGAUCCCUCAAGUAGUUAUGGAACCUUCUAAUUCAAACCACUCUGUAGGCUCUGAUAGAACUGAAAAUCUUGAUGAUUCAAGGUUAGAAACUGUUAAUUGUGAUUCAGCAUCCUCUGGCUCUGGAACUACUAAUGUGCAAGAUAACAUCAUAAGCAGUUUACGUGAGCCUCAAGACUCUCCUGCUGACAUUUCCAGGAAUAAUUCAAUAAAUUUCUGGACUAAUGGUGGCAUGUUAGGACUUGAGCCAUCAAAACCUCCUGAUUUCACCAUGGCAAGUCCCGUAAAUCCAGCUAGCAGUAGUACAGCUGAGACAAUUGGUCUCUCAAAUCAUGCUUACAAGAUUAUAGUCGAUGAGCAUGAAAUAGAACCAAGCAUGUUGACUAUGGAUGAUCGAUGUAAUGAUAAAGGUCAAGAGGAUGGUAUCUCAUCAGAGAAAAUAUCUAAGGGAGUUUCACCUAUGGAAUUGUAUACAAAGCUUGGAAAUAUUGAUGAUUCUGAUAAGAGCAAUGGAUUUGGCCAUGCCAUGGAGGAUGGUUGGAAAAAAACCAACGCAAUGGAACCUGGAAUUGUGUUACCAGUUGCUCCAUAUACUAAAUCUGCUUCCAAUGACUUAAAUCAGGAGAAUGAUGAAAACUCUUCUCUGGUUUUCGGACUUGGUCGUAGGUUACUUGAGAAUGGUUUUGGUAGAAAUGUAUCGUAUGACAAAUUUGAGCCUGCUAGUUAUUUGAAUGCUGGUGAAUUGGAGCAGAAAAGCGAGCACCAGAGUGUAAUGAAUCAAUCAUUUCCUGAUACAGCCUUCAAAGAGCAGUCUGAGGAUGGGUUUGCAGUUCAUUCAUCUCCUUCUUCACCACCACUUGAGCACAUGAAGAUAUCUUUCCAACCCAUAAAUGGCAUUGAAACUUCCAAACUAAAACUGAAAUUAUCUGAUGGGAAUCAAAGCCAUGGAAGUGUAAGAGACAUGUUUCAGUCAUUCCAGUUGAUCCCAGAACCUGCUAUCCCUCUGCAUGAAUUUGGUUCUGAUUCUGACGAUGACACCUUCUGUCGAUCAUCUCCUUACAUAUCUGAUGAUUGUGUUAGCCAUCACUCUGAGUCCAAUUCUGAACAAUGGGAGUCUAGUGAAACUCCGGAGAGAGAAAACCAUGAACUUUAUGAUGCCUGGCGUGGAAUCUCAUCAGCGGAACACAUUUCCAGCUCCCCAGAACUAGGGGAAAUAGGCAGCAAUGCCAUUUAUAGUGAAGGUGGGAUCAAAAGUGUUCACUCUGAGAAUGGUAUGGUACAGUAUCUCUCUGAUCCUUUACUUGAUCUUCCAAGCUUAGAUGCUUUUAAACCUGUACUCCUGCAAGAACCAAAAGAUGAUUCUACACCAAUGGAUGUCCAUGGUUUGAGAUGUCCUGGGGAAUCUACACCAGGACCACCACCUCUCCCUCCAGUGGAAUGGUGCCUUUCAAAGCCCCAGUUAGAUGCUACAGAAGAAAAUCACGAUGUAUCUGAAGGUUUUAAACAUGUACUUGAUACAGACCUCUUGGGGUCUAUCACCUUCCAGCAACCACCAUUGAAGCAACAAGAAGUGAAUGAAGAGCCUCUUUCUAUUAAACCAAAAAUCAAGCAGAACCAGCAGGUGAAUGAACACAAAGAAGCUGAUCAGGCUCUAAACAGCAAAGAGAUAGACGAAAAGGACGAUUUCUUACAACAAAUCAGAACACAGUCAUUCAACCUGAGACGCACAGUGACAGCAAAGGCAACAACUACGACACCAGGACCCGCUACCCAUAUCAAAGUCACUGCAAUUUUGGAGAAAGCAAAUGCCAUCCGCCAGGCUGUUGGGAGCGAUGAUGGGGAUGAUGAUGAUGACGAUACCUGGAGUACUUAAUCUGACCAUGCUUGUUAUGCCAGUCCAUCAGAACAAAUCCUCUUGUAGCCGGAGUUUACAAAGUUGGCGGUGGCUAGGUUACAUAUUAUGUGAAUAAUUUCAGUUACUUCCUGUAAUUAAUCUUAGGGCUAGUCUUGUAUUCCCGAUUUCAGUAAUUUUGAUUGAUUCCUUUAGGUAGAAAGAUGAGAUAAGUUGUAGGGCUGAGUAUGAUCGUUUAUCUACAUGCUUGAGGCAACCAUUUAUAUAAAAUGCCUAUAAUGCCUGAUUAUAUUGUUGUUGUUCCUUGA